AUGUACAUGUGGUUCUCAUCACACAAAGUGGAUGAUAAGGAAAAGAAGCAUGGCACAAAGAUAAAAGAAUAACGUUCUCCCCAAAUUGUUGGUUCAAUUAAAAUGUCGAUUAUCGCAUUCAAAGAGAUCUUCAAUUCAUCAUCGUCAUCAUCCGGUGGAAGUGAAAAAACCUACAGUUUCACGGCCUUUCUAAUUCACGGCUUAUUGGGUUGCGGAGAUGACUUUGCAGAUUUCGCCAACUCCCUCGUUACUUCUCUCUCUACUGAUUGGAGGAUGGUUCUUGUGGAUUUGAGGUGUCAUGGGAACUCAACUGAUCGAGAAGAUGUUGUUAUCGGGCAUUCUUUAGGUGGUAAGGUGGCCUUGCAAUAUGCUUCAAGUUGCGCUAAUGGUGAUUAUGGUGAUUCAGCACAAUUGCCUAAACAGGUGUGGGUAAUAGAUGUUGGACCUGGAAAAGCCGAAGAUAAAAGUCAAUAUCAAGAACUGGUGAAUGCGUUGCAAAAGUUGCAUACACUUCCGUCGCUUUUCCCAUCACAAGAGUGGCUGUUGAAUCAGAUGAUUGAUCUUGGGUUUCCAAAGUUCUUAUCAGAGUGGAUAAGCAACAGUCUCAAGAAAUCAGGAGAAUACAUGACAUUUUCAUUCGAUAUUGAUGGUGCUAUACAGCUGUUCGAAUCCGCCGUAGAAAGUGAUUAUUGGUCAUUGCUUGAGGAAACUCCAAGGGGAAUGGAGAUAGCUAUAGUGCGUACUGAAAGCCAACUCUCGUGGACUCAGGAUGUGGUAGAGAGGCUCGAGAGUCUUGCUAGCCGAGAAAGUGAUGAAUCAAGAGGCAAAGUCUCGGUUUAUGUUGUUUCCGAUUCAGGACACUGGAUUUACAAGGAUCAACCAGAGAGGCUGUUGGAGAUUAUGGCCCCAAAAAUAGUCUCUUUGGUUCACUGGAAGUUGUAACUUGUACGAGCCUUUUUAGAUCAAUAUGUGCAGCUUUCUCUCUUAAAUCAGAAGCCUGUCGUAUGUUGAUCAUUCACAGUUUGACACGGCUGUGAUAACUAUCACUAUAACUAGUUGAUUUGUUUAAUAUGUAAAAAUAUAUGAUCACUACACCUAUAAAAAUACAAGUAUGUUGACUAGUAAUUACAAUAUUUUGUUUAAAUAUAU